AUGCUAAGAACUCAGAAUUCAUUACAGCCCAAUAGAGGUCAAGGUAUAAAUCAAAAUCCUUUCAUAGAAAAAUUAGGAAUGAAACCUUUCUUUACUUCAAAUCCGCAAGCCCAACAAGGUUUCAAAUUCGGUGUUCAAGGUAACCCCACGACAUCGAAUUCUUACCAUCCACAAGCUAACUUUAAAUUCGGAAUACCAACCAAUAAGCAAAUUAACGUACCCCCUGCACAACCUCAACAAUUAGGAUACAAGCCUCAACUCCAACAACAAUUUGGCUAUAGGCCGCAAUUUAACCAUGGUCAACCACAAAUUGGCUACAAACCCCCACUAAACCAAAAUUCAACCCAAUUCGGUUACCGACCACAGUUCAACCAAGGCCAACAACAACAAUUCGGUUAUCGACCACAGUUUAACCAAGGCCAACAACAGCAAUUUGGCUACCGACCCCAAUUUAACCAAGGUCAACAACAAUUCGGUUUUCGUCCACCACAAAAAUUUGUUCCACAAAUAUCAACGGAUGUGAGCAUGCGCACCGCUCCCCCGUUAAAACCUCAAGGAUUUAGAAUGAACGAACUUUAUAACUUAAACGAACCUGAAAUUGACGACGCUAAUUGCAUAUAUGAGAACUCUGAAACAAAUUAUUAUAAUGACUGUAAUGACGCAUAUCCUAUAAACGACACUGAAACUUAUGAGACUACAAUUGAUCAAGAUGACCAGACCCCGAGUGUCCAAAAUGUAGAAAAUUUUCACAUAACUUUAUUCGACGGACCCCUGAAAUAA